AUGCCGAGAAACCGCGUCCUGGUCCACUGUUCGGGCAGCGAUCGCUUCCUCGCUAUGGCAUUAUCUCGGCGAGCGGUUGCUCAAGCAAUACGCGUCACGUUCACUUGUGACAAUCAGGAUGGGCGACGAGACACGUCGUGGAUUCAGCUGAAUACUCGCAUCACCGACCUCAGUCUGCAUAAGAUGCUCUGCUUAGUAAAGCCCACACUCUUCCUGGAAUUGACCGCUGGCACUGCUCCGGGCGCCCUGGGUCACCGCAUAGCCCUCGGGUUGCCAUCGGGUUGCACUCGCAUCAGCCUAUCCACACUCUUCCAACGCGCGUCGUCGCUACCUCUGCUAUGCGGUCCGAAGGUCCUGCUGGAUCGACUCGCAGAUGCCGUGUCAGGUGCGAGAUUGUCUAGUUCAGACAUCCGGGACCUGGUUAUCGCUCUUGGCUCCAUCAAUACAUUGUACCCCAGGCACGCAACAAGUAUCAUUCGCUGGCCUUCGGACGGACUCUUCGAGACUGAAGCACGUACCCUGGACAGCCGAAGUAUAUUUUCAAGGGACAAGACGUACCUCCUCGUCGGUCUGAGAGGCCAAAUUGGACAAUCGCUCUGUGAAUGGAUGGUAUCAAAUGGGGCGGGAUGUGUAUGCUUGACCAGUCGUCACCCCAACGUCCACGAACGGUGGCUGGAAUCCUUCCGUGGAACUGGCGCCACCGUGAAGGUCCUAGCGAUGGAUGUUCUUGAUGUGAGCAGUAUUGAGCGUGUCAUAAAAGAGAUCAGGGCAUCCUGUCCACCCAGCCGGCGCUGCUAA